AUCUGGGACAAAGAACCAUCAGCACGGAACUGCUUCAAUUGCAAAACCUCAGCGCUGCCUCCGGAGCGGCCUGCCGGCCCGAGUCAAAAACAACCCCUUUAAAAAAGCGGACUACAGCGUUGGGAUUCUUGAAACCUGAAACCUAGAAACAGAAUCUUAGCGGAAACCAGAAGGAAAACCUUGAACUCCUCCAGACAAUUGCUUCCGGGGAGUUUCGGGAGAGCGAGGGGGAAUAAAAGGCCCGAGAGGAGAGCCCCUCGGAUGGCGCGCCCUUGAGGGUCCUGGCGAGUUCGAGGAGCGUGGGAAGGAGAGGACCCUACCCUCUCCCUGGGCUGCAGGUCAUGGCCACCGUGGAGCAGAAAGCCCUGGGCAUUGGCUUCAAGUGUCUCUCUUUGGCCACUUUUGUGCUCAUCUGCGCCGGGCAAGGGGGACGCAGGGAGGAAGGGGGUCCAGCCUGCUACGGGGGAUUUGACCUGUACUUCAUUUUGGACAAAUCAGGAAGUGUGCUGCACCACUGGAAUGAAAUCUAUUACUUCGUGGAACAGUUGGCUCAUAAAUUCAUCAGUCCACAGCUAAGAAUGUCCUUUAUUGUCUUCUCUACUCAAGGAACAACCCUAAUGAAGCUAACAGAAGACAGGGAACAGAUCCGUCAAGGCCUAGAAGAACUCCAGAAGGUUCUGCCAGGAGGAGACACUUACAUGCAUGAAGGAUUUGAAAGGGCCAGUGAGCAGAUUUAUUAUGAAAACAGUCAAGGAUACAGGACAGCCAGCGUCAUCAUCGCUCUGACUGAUGGGGAACUGCAUGAGGACCUCUUCUUCUAUUCGGAGAGGGAGGCUAACAGAUCCCGAGAUCUUGGUGCGAUCGUUUACUGUGUGGGUGUGAAGGAUUUCAAUGAAACACAGCUGGCCCGGAUCGCAGACAGUAAGGACCACGUGUUUCCGGUAAAUGAUGGCUUCCAGGCCCUGCAAGGCAUCAUCCACUCAAUUUUGAAGAAGUCCUGCAUCGAAAUUCUAGCAGCUGAACCAUCCACCAUAUGUGCAGGAGAAUCAUUUCAAGUAGUUGUCAGAGGUAACGGCUUCCGACACGCCCGCAACGUGGACAGGGUCCUCUGCAGCUUCAAGAUCAACGAGUCAGUGACGCUCAAUGAGAAGCCCUUCACUGUGGAAGAUACUUAUUUGCUGUGUCCAGCGCCUAUCUUAAAGGAAGUUGGCAUGAAAGCCGCGCUUCAGGUCAGCAUGAAUGACGGCCUCUCCUUCAUCUCCAGUUCUGUCAUCAUCACCACCACACACUGUUCCGAUGGCUCCAUCCUGGCGAUCGCCCUGCUGAUCCUGUUCCUGCUUCUGGCCCUGGCUCUCCUCUGGUGGUUCUGGCCCCUCUGCUGCACUGUGAUUAUCAAGGAGCUCCCUCCACCCCCUGCUGAGGAAAGUGAGGAAGAAGAUGACGAUGGUCUGCCUAAGAAAAAGUGGCCUACGGUAGAUGCCUCUUAUUAUGGUGGGCGAGGAGUUGGAGGCAUUAAAAGGAUGGAGGUUCGUUGGGGAGAAAAGGGCUCCACAGAAGAAGGUGCUAAGUUGGAGAAGGCAAAGAAUGCAAGAGUCAAGAUGCCAGAGCAGGAGUACGAAUUCCCAGAACCCCGAAAUCUCAACAACAACAUGCGCAGGCCCUCGUCCCCCCGGAAGUGGUAUUCUCCGAUCAAGGGAAAACUUGAUGCCCUGUGGGUCCUGCUAAGGAAAGGCUACGAUCGUGUGUCCGUGAUGCGUCCACAGCCAGGAGACACGGGACGCUGUAUCAACUUCACCAGAGUCAAGAACAAUCCUCCUGCCAAGUACCCCCUCAACAAUGCCUACCACACCACCUCACCGCCUCCUGCCCCCAUCUACACCCCACCCCCCCCUGCUCCCCACUGCCCUCCCCCACCCCCCAGUGCCCCCACCCCUCCAAUUCCAUCCCCACCUUCCAUCCUCCCCCCUCCCCCUCAGGCUCCCCCUCCCAACAGGGCACCACCCCCGUCCCGACCACCUCCUAGGCCCUCUGUCUAGAACCCACAGUUCAUGCUCUGGGUUCUCUCAGAAACUUUGGGGAGGAGGCGCCUCUGUGGUGUUAGAACAAGUGUUUCCAGUUAAAGGGGGCUUCCACUUUGGAAAUGAGUGGGGAUGAAGCCCACUGACGUUCACACACUUUAAAAAUUGGUUUGUAACACCAGUACACCGACAAUUGUGAUCAGAGGAAAGAAAUCGAAAUUUUGAAUUGCCUGAAAACAAACAAUGAGGCAACUACAGUCACAAUUAUAGCCAGCCAGCCAUCACCUCUAGAAGGUUCCAGAGACGCUGAAACUGCUGAGAUGCUCUAAAUGGGACUGUGUCUCAUGGAGAUCAAUAAGAAAAUCGUUUCUCUGAGGGUGAAAUGCAGAGUCAGAUAAGAAAUAACAUUGCUGGGUUGCUAAAUGCUGCCUUCCCUCUUUCACUCCACCUCCAUCACUUGACCCUGGACCCUUGGCCUAGGAACCAAGGAAUCCUCACCUCUAUGUGCCACCCAGGAAGGUCGAGACCCUUUGCCUACAUCUUUGGGGAAAGAUUGGGGUCCCCAUUGUGGCAAGAAACUCAACAUCAUACAGGUAUCCAAAAGCAUGUUCUGGGAUUUGCAGAGGAGUAAAAGGAUAUGCCUUAUUUUCCUUCCAAAUUCUCCCAGUUUCCAAGUGAGGAAGAGGGCGGUUGUUUACUGAAGGAAAAGGUAUGUUACCAUGUUGCUGUGUAAGUGAAAUCAGGUAUGUGCACUGACAGGCGAGUACUGAUGGGAGCAUCAGACAGUUUCUAAAACCCACAGACCAUCAGCAGCUGGAGGUGGCUGGCUUUGGCCCAACAUGGCCCCUAACCCAACAGACAACGGCAUCGUCAAAGAGCAACUUGUUAACGCCUCAUGUUAAAAAAUCAAGAUUUGGCUUCAAUUUAAAUCACUUGAGAUACGAAGAAGUGAUUGAUCCUAUUUUCCACAGACAAACAUUAGUUGAUCUUCCCAAAAUGGCAUCACUAGCACCUACCACACAAUUUCACUGAUUUUGUUUUUCUUUCUCGGUGAAGUUGUGCACCAGAGAUUUCUACGUAGAGCUGAAAGACAAUAGUCCGGACAUACUAAGGAAUUUAUCCAAAAAAAACCACAUGUGUUUGUGGAUACAAAUAUAUUUCUCCUUGGCUUUUCAACAUACUCACAAAUAUUAUCAGCUGCCUGAAAUUCCCACCAUGCCUGGGAACCACUCCACUCCUCCAAGUCUUUCUGAAUCUGCUAUCACCAGUAAGCUCUAUAAUCACUUUCUAAACAUUAGGCUUCAUCACCCAAGGGCGAAAACAGAGGCCACUGUUUAGGGCCUCCUGCACCAGCCUGUUCAAAAUUACCUCCCCCUCCAACUUUCCACACAUCUUAAAAUUCCACUCCCGAAACCCUUAAAUCUUUUCAGGAAUGAAGCAGAAUAUUAAGUAAAUGCAAACUUAGUGCUUCGGGCUGUGGUCUCCAAAGAUCCUUCAAAAACCCAUCAAGCCAGCCUCAUUCUUUCAUCUUACUUAGAACAGAGACAUAGGACCUAGCAUGCAUUCCAUACACACCAAUGCUUGUAGCCAUGGCAGACAUUGCUAAUCAAUCACAGCACCAUCUUCCAUGGAGCCCAGUGAUUUCUACACAAUCCUCAAAUCAUAACUCCAAAGAGCCACCACUAAUCAGUCAAAAUUGAGACAUAAACGAUCCCUAAUUGCCCUCUCAACUUUAGAAAGCAAAAGCAAACAAGGAUUGUGUGGGGGAAUGGGGAAACCCUUGGGCAUUAAAGGUACAGUCAGGGGAGAAUAGAUCUAGGCAGAGUGCCCUAGUUGGGGUCCACAGGCACUAAAUCUGCAUUGCCAACACCAAACUGACACUUCCCCAAGCAUACCUCAGACCUGCCCUUCUCCCAGCCUGCCGCUGCCAGAGACUCUCCCAGCUUCCUCCUAGAGCUAAAAUCAGAGAUAUUUUACAGGGCUUAUGAAAGCAACCUCCCUCGCUUGCCCCCAACCUGGCCCAUAUUGUCUAUUUUUAGAACAUUAGGUUUCUUCUUGAGUAUAGUCCUCCAUAAAGCAGGUGACAGAAUGUCUUGGCCACCUGCAGUGACAUUGCUGGACUCCAGAGAACCAUUCCAUAGGCGAAUGGGUUCCCCAGGCUCACAGCGUAGAGGCGUUGAGCCCCUGGCCACUGUUUUGACUGCUGGCGGUACAAAACAGUCCACCCCACACCACUGCUGCAUGGCUCACUGUGGCCAUCAGAAAGUUCAAGCCAAGAUGUUGACAUUGUUGUGCAUCAAGAUGGCAGGCAUCAGGUGAGAAUACGCAACAUUCAGGAUCCCAACUGCACAUCAGUCAGAAGCCCUGUGCAGUUUCCAAGAUGUUGUUUUGGUGAACUUUUAGAUGAAAUAGGGAACUGCAAAUAUAUGAUGACUUUGAAGAGGAUUAGCAGGGUUUGUCCUUAAAAGGGACUCUUCAUGUCAACCCCAGUCAUUUAGAAUUACAGUGGAGAAGGAGAAACCUCUAUACUGUAUGAACAAGGUAAUAUUUUAAUAGUAGGCUAUUACAGGCAGGAAAAUUCUUUAACUGGUUUAUAAAAUCUAUCCAAACUUGUGUCAUUCCCUGUAAAAGGUAGCAGACAUAUGAUUGUGAUUAGGAAACUGCACAAAAUUAUUUUUUCAACCCUCAUGUUAUUGUCCUCCUGAAGUUUUUUUUUAAUAAAAGCCAACUUUUUGUUGUAUAUAUUCAUAUUCCAUGUGUUAGAUGGAAGCAUUUCCUAUCCAGUGUGAAUAAAAGGAACAGUUGUAGUAAAUUAUUAUAAGGCCAAUGAUAUUUCAUGGCAGGUUAUUCUACCAAGCUGUGCUUGUUGGUUUUUCCCAUGACUGUAUUGCUUUUAUAAAUGUACAAAUAGUUACUGAAAUGACGAGAUCCUUGUUUGCACAGCAUUAAUAAGAACCUUGAGUGGUUACCUCUGUUGACGACCAGUUCACAAACAGCUUCUGUCCUGGAGCUUGGCCCAUACUCCAGUAAGACACAAGGUCUCUCUUUUACCAAAGUCAAGAACAGAGCUAGUGGACAUAUUAAUUAGUAGUCUUGGACAUCUGGCCAUGGAUAACCUCAUUGUAAAUAUCACUAGAAUGGGCAGAGAUAAUCUGGAAGUCUCAUAUACACUAAAGUCCAAACACUGUGUCAGAUGAGGGAAAUCCAUCCAAGAACUAGAAAAAAGUAAUGAUGAGAUAAUGAGCAACAAUUUCAGCCCAGUGCCAACUCAAUAAAAGACAAUUAAUGCUGUGUAAAAGUGGGUUGAAUUAGUUUGCAAACUAUAUAAAGAUAUAUGCCAUAAAAAGCCUAUUAAUGCACACCAGAUGGGAAUGGGAUGUUCUAGUCAAUUGUGUUUUCUAGUUAUCUGAACUCUACUAUAUUAGCAUACUUGGAUAAGCAAUUUAAAAGAAUUAGAAUAUGAUUUUUUAAAUACACUUAACAUUAAACUCUUCUAAUUCUCUCUUCUAUCUGUGAUAAUUCCUAAGACAGUAUGGAUCUUCAGUGCCUCUGAGUCAAUGUUAUAAAAAUCAGUUAUUGCUGUACCUGCUAUAGGAGACUGGGCUAAAUGUGUACAAUGACAAACCCUGGAAGUUGCUUUUUUAAAAAAAAUAAUAAAUUCUUAAAAUUAA